AAAAUGAUGCAAGUAUUGUAAUAUAAAAUCUAGCAAUAUCACUAGGCGUAAACGUUAUAUAUGGAGGUUAAAAUAAAAAGAAAGUUUCGGCUCAUUUGGACACUUCCGGUCUCGUUUUACCUCGCGCGAAUUCGACCAGUCAGUGAAAAUAAAAGCUUGGAGUGUGCUGGGAUGGAAGACUCCCUCUGCAUUCAUUAAAAGGAUGCCCAGCGAAGUCAAGCCUCGGCUUCUGGUUCUUUAUGGCUCUCAGAAGGGUCAAGCCCAGUCUAUAGCAGAAGGGAUCUCUGAAGAGGCACAGGAGCAUGGAUUUCUUGCUGAGCUCAGCUGCUUGAAUGAAAAUGAUAAGUACAAUUUGGAGAAGGAGCAGUCCCCAGUGGUGUUUAUUGUGUCUACUACUGGAGAUGGGGAACCACCAGACAAUGCCCUGCAAUUUGUUAAGCACAUCAAGAAGACCCACCCCUGCGAUCACUAUAAACACCUUCACUAUGCACUUUUAGCUUUAGGAGACACAAAUUAUGCAAACUUUUGCAACUGUGGCAAAACGAUUGAGAGGCGUCUACAGGAACUUGGAGCACAACAAUUCUAUGCAACUGGAUAUGCAGAUGACGGUGUAGGGCUGGAGGUGGUUGUGGACCCUUGGCUUGAAGGACUGUGGACAGCUGUCAAAGCCGCCAUAUCAAAUAUGGCAUCUGAUUGGAAUGUUAAAGAGGAUUCAGUGAAUAAAACUCCCGAUUUUUCCGUACCAGAUGUCCAACUGAACCUACUGAACCUCACUGACCAGAAUCCCAAAUGUGCAUCUCCUCGUGCCACGCCGGCAGCUGAAUCUACCGAUGGUCCUUUGUCUCCCUCAGGGAGCGCUAAGGUGACACCCCAGUCACCCACAGCAGCACCAGAGACAAAAAACAAGGACCAUGGAUCUUGUCAUGCCCCUUCACUGACACACUCUGUGCCCCCUCUGUCUGAUUCAUCUUUAAAUGUUCCUACGCUACCUCCACCUUUCUUGGAUGUCUCUCUGCAGGAAGCAAUCACUCCUGAAGAAGAGAUUUUUGGACCAUUAAACCGAGAAACUCUGUAUGAAGUACCCAUAUCCCGGGCAGUUCAUUUAACAUCCGGAAAUUCCGUCAAGACAGCCAUUCUUUUUGAGCUCGACAUCUCUGCUUACCCGAUGUUGACCUAUCAGCCAGGGGAUUCCUUUGACGUCUUCUGCCCAAAUAGAGCUUCUGAGGUUGAGCACAUGCUGCGCAGAUUGGGCCUUGAGGAUCAGAAGAAUCAUAAAGUCCACGUUUUAGUGCUUGAAAAAACAAAGAAAAAAGGUGCUCAGGUGCCCUCCUACAUCCCUCAGAACAUGUCACUGCUCUACCUGCUUACAUGGUGUUUGGAGAUUAGAAGUGUUCCCAAGAAGGCCUUCCUACGAGCACUGGCUGAGCGUACAGCAGAUAGCGUGCAAAAAAGGAGACUGCAGGAGCUCUGUAGCAAACAAGGCGCUGCGGACUACAACCAGUACGUGAGAGAGUCUAGCCUCAGCUUUUCGGAGCUUCUCGACGCCUUCCCGUCCUGCUCGCCACCUCUCAGCCUCCUAAUAGAGCAUCUCCCCAAGCUGCAGCAAAGGCCUUAUUCCGCCGCCAGCUCCCGCCUCCAGCGCCCGGGAAAGCUGAAUUUUGUCUUGAGCGUAGUCGAGUUCCCGGCGUGCUCUUGGCGGCCUGUGGGGAAGCGAGGCUUGUGUAGCGGUUGGCUUGCCGACCUCGUCAACCCUGUCCAGGGUCUCCUCGGGAAGUCAGAACUACCGUGCAGCACAGCCCCGCCAAAGAUCCAUGUGAGUUUGAGACCCAACUGCUCCUUUCGACUUCCACCUGACCCGUCCGUUCCUCUCAUCAUGGUCGGACCCGGUACCGGAGUCGCACCCUUUGUCGGCUUCCUGCAGCAAAGACAAAAGGAGAGGCAGCAGAAACCAGAGGCAGUGUUUGGCGAGACCUGGUUGUUUUUUGGUUGUCGCUACCGAGACCGAGACUACCUGUUCAGAGAAGAGCUGGAGGGCUUUGUGUCCGGCGGUACCUUGAACCACCUCAAGGUGUGUUUCUCCAGAGAGGAGCCGAAGGAGGAACGGACCUUCAUCUCAGGAGGACCGCCCAGAUACGUCCAGCACAACCUGCUGCUCCACAGCCAUGACAUCAUCGACAUCCUGCUCAAACACCACGGUUGCCUCUAUGUUUGUGGGGAUGCAAAGAACAUGGCCAAAGACGUGAACGACACCCUGAUGGAGAUGAUGAAGGCGGAGCUCCAGGUGGACCAACUGGAGGCCAUGAAGCACCUGGCCACGCUGAGGGAGGAGAAACGCUACUUACAGGACAUCUGGGCAUGAUCCCCAUUUCAACAUGUUGUGCUGUUACCUUCUGAGCUAUGGGUGCCUGCAAGGAAUGUGCACGAUAUAAAAACCUCUUCACCAGCUGCCUAAGUCCAUUUUUCAGUUCAGUCCAGUUCCUUUCUGAUACUUCCACCUGCACCUACUUCUCCUGUUAUGUUGACUCUAGCCAGCUGGCCCGAUCUCUAAAAUGCACAUGAUCUUUCCUUAACCUUUCCCUAACGCCAGGCAGAUCAUUCUGGAGGUGAGUGCUUCAUUCUCCUUUGUGUGUGUGUGUGUUGAUAUGAUGGUACUUGGUACCAUAAUUUCAUGUACAGAAAAGGAGUAGUAGAUUGCUAGCUUUGGCCUGAAAGGGUUCUACUCUUUUUCUUUCAAGAAAACGACAAACAAAUGGCUUCUUUGGUAUUUCCUUGCUAUUUUCCCAUCCUUCCAUCUAUCGUCAUCAUCAACACACCUCAACAUCAGGCUUUGAACCUCAGUCCCCUUCCCCAUCCAACUGCUUGUAUUUAUUUAUUUUGUCUAGAAAAGACAAACAAAUGGCUUCCUUGCUGUUUCUGCAGGUCCAGCAUCUAUCGUUGUCAGCGGGAAGUACUGUACUGUAUAUGUAUAUUGUAUCGGUGGUGACCACGAGAGAUGCUGGACCUGUUUGUCAGGUUUGGAACCUCAGUCCCCUUGCACCAUGAAGUGGAGCUACCAGCAUCAGGCAUCCAGCUGCUUGUACUUAUUUUGGCUUCCUUGCUGUUUCUCCAGGUCCAGCAUCUGUCGUCAUUAUCACCACCAAUACAAUAUCAUGAUUGUUUGCAAGCGGGCUAGCUCCACUGGCAGAGCAAAUGGUAACGUUGGGUGUAUUCCUUUUGAGCUUAGAGUAGGACUCUCGAGAAUAAUUCACCACCACCUCAACAUCAGGUGUGUUUGCCAGAUGGCUAACUCUGCGGUAGCACCACUUCAUGGUGCAAGGUGAGGUUUAACUGAGGUUUGGUCAGGGAAAAUGGUAACAUCAGGCAUCCAAAUACUUGUUGGUCAACAAAUGGUGAUCAUACACACCACCUAGUUUCCAGGCGUCCUAACUCCUCCUUUGUGUCCCUAUUCACACAAUCACCAACUCACUUGCAGAGUCCUGACCAGGUUUUGAACCGCGACCCCCCGCACCAUAAAUCUGUGGUGCUACCAGCCGAGUUAGCCAGCUGACAAACAUUCCAGAUAUUGUAUCGAAUGUGAUGAUCACGGUAGAUGCUGGACCUGAAGAAACAGCAAUGAAGCAAUUUGUUUGUCUUUUUCUAGACAAAACAAUGCUACUACCACUUGCUCUGACCAAGUUCUGAACCCCGACUCCCUGCACCAUGAAUCUACGAUGCUACCAGCAGAGUUAGCCAGCUGGCAAAAAAUGCAUGAUACUGUAUUGGUGGCAAUGAUGACGACAGAUGCUGGACCUGUUUGUCAGUCCCUUUCACCAUGACGUGGUGCUACCAGCAGAGUUAGCCACCUGAGCUCUCUUGGUGGCAUACAUAUCUGAUAUUGUGGUGUUGGAUACACUGGAAAAGACAUACGUGUUGCUACAUACCAGAGAAAUACCAAGGGCUGAAGGAAACCAUGUAGGCCCUGUCCACAUGACAACGUUCCUGGGAUUUUUUUGUGGCAGAAAUAGAAAAAUACCUCCGCCUGCUUUUGGCCUUGCAUGUAUCUCUUUUGCACACACUCAUUAUGGACCGGCUCCAACUAGCUAAGACCACUGGGUCAGACAUGGACAUACGACAGGAAGGCUAGGUAAAAGGACAUCUGACUAGAAGUGCCUCGGACUUGCUCCUGCACUCGUGCAGAAGAUGAGUCCCCGCAGCUGUGUAUCAUUCUUCAGUCCAGUUCCUACGUCUUAUACUUCUACCAACGCCUACUCCUCCUUUUAUGUUCACUUUAUUAGAAAUUAAAUGGAUUAGAAGCGGCUAUAGCUUCGCUAACUUUUCUAAUGGGAUGUCAGCCUCUGCAAACAUUUCUACAAAAUCCUCCAAAAAUUGUAAUGCCCGCGCUUGUGGUUAAGGAAGACGUGGUCACCGAUGCAAUCCCAAUUGUAAUGUAAAAUGACAUCCUUAUUUUGUUUGCACCAUUAAGACUGUUAUUUUGAAGGUCAGAAGUGUAUUGUGUGUUUUGAGAGAUGGUUAAGAGCAAGAAUAAACGCCCCUCUUGCCUUAUUUUACUUCACAGAACAGACAGAAGGAGUGAAUAAGAGUGAAUGAAUGAAAGAACUGAAACACAAAUAGGUUAAUAAGAAUGACAGCCUAAUAGGGUAAUCACAAUGAAUGACUAAUAGGUUCCUGAGAAUGAAUGAAAGCCUGGUAAAGUAAUAAGAAUGAGUGACGAAAGGUGUUGUGUGUUCAUGAAGGACCCUCCUAACAUUCAUUCUUGUUAUAUCACUUUUCUUAAAAAAAAAAAAUCAUUAUUACGCACGAUAAAACAGAUCAACACUACC